AUGGCACCUCGAGAUUGUAUCGUGGGCAAACGGCUCUCUGUGAAAUCCAGCAUACAGGAGGAAAUAUUGAGCAUGAAACAAUGCUUGAAAAUCUGCAACGAUGCCAAGAGGCAAAUGGCUCUUGACCGUGUAAACGUUUUCCAAGAUUUUACCAUGGCCGACAACAGUGAUCAAAUUAUUGUGUCGACGUUGAGUGAUCUGAUGGUCGCCAAGCACGUCACACUAGGCGCUAGAUCGAAACAAUGGCUUCGGCAAAUGAGCGAUGCUUCCCUCCUGCAAUUCUCAAAGAGUCUCGGCUGA